AUGCCUGCCACCACGGCGGACACACUUUCCCUUGUCCAGCGAACUGUCACCGUCGCCCCAUUAGUCCUUCUUUCCGUCGCAGAUCACUAUGGUCGCUCAGCUAAAGGCACUCGGAAACGAGUGGUAGGUGUGCUGCUAGGAGAGAACUCGGGCCAGACAGUCCGCGUAUCAAACAGUUUUGCCGUUCCCUUCGAGGAGGAUGAGAAGGAUCCAUCUGUGUGGUUUCUCGACCACAACUUUGUCGAGUCGAUGAGGGACAUGUUCAAGAAGAUCAACGCACGGGAGAAGCUGGUCGGCUGGUAUCACUCAGGCCCGAAGCUGCGCGCCUCAGAUCUGGAGAUCAACGAGCUCUUCAAACGAUACACACCCAACCCCUUGCUAGUAAUUGUGGACGUUCAGCCGAAAGAAGUAGGCGUUCCGACCGACGCUUACUUUGCCGUUGACGAAAUCAAAGACGAUGGCACCACGACGUCCAGAACCUUUGUUCACAUACCGUCCAUAAUUGAAGCAGAGGAGGCCGAGGAGAUUGGAGUGGAGCACCUACUCCGUGACAUCAGGGAUGUCGCUGUGGGAACACUUUCUACCCGGAUAACAUCCCAGCUGCAAUCGCUGCAGGGCCUGCAUCUGCGUCUGCGUGACAUCGGCCAAUAUUUGCAGAAAGUUCUCGACCAAGAAUUGCCCGUCAAUCAUGCCAUCUUGGGCAACCUCCAAGAUGUGUUCAAUCUUCUCCCUAAUUUAUCCACCCCUGCUGCAACGCCUCGCAUCAGCGGUGGUGCCCCGGAGCAGCAGACUGAUAAUAGCGAAUUGGCACGGGCCAUGAGCAUCAAGACGAACGAUCAAUUGAUGACGAUCUACUUGAGUAGCUUGAUUCGCGCCAUCACUGCCUUCCACGACCUGAUUGAGAAUAAGAUUCAGAAUCGGCAGCAGCAAGAAGAGAACGAGCUGAAGAGGGAGCAGGAUGCCAAUGCGGCCAAGGACGACAAGGACACGACUAAGAAGACCAAUGGCGUCGUCAAUGGAGAGCAGAAGGAGGAUCAAGAAGUAGUGAAGGAUAAGUCCAAGAAAAAGAGUUCAAGAGGGGAAUAG